AUGUCUACCCAACAAGUAGUGUACCACUACUUCGAUCUCGGCAGACUCGGCCGCGGGGAGGUCGUCAACCUACUAUUGAAAGACGCAGGCAUCAAUGUGAAAGAAGUCCGGUAUCCCUACGAUGACACCUGGAAGCAGACCAGCGAGAAAUUACAGCAGCAAGGUAUCACCAGAACAGGUAAACUACCUGCUCUAGAAUACAAGGGAUCCAUUAUCACCCAACAUAUCCCUAUUCUUCGCUAUCUCGCCCGCGAACUAGAUGCGUACGACGCGGAGACUAGUUACGACAAGUAUAUCGUCGAUGCUGUGGCGGAUAUCUAUAUUGACUGGAGGUCCAAAUGGGUCGCCAACCUCGAUGGAGCGACACCCGAGUACAAGAACGACUUUGUCCCGAAGUACUACCGUCUUGUCGGGAAAUAUUAUUCUGAUCGCGAGGGACCGUAUUUGCUGGGCGAUCGAAUUACUUAUACUGAUUUUGCCAUCUAUCAGUCUAUCGACAAUGACCGGAGAACUGGGACUUUGCCUCCCACGCUUCCAGACUCCCUUGUCGCAUUGGAGAAUGCUAUCGAAGCCCGGCCAAAUAUUGCAGAGUAUAUCAAGGCGAGCAAGCCGUAA